AUGCAUUGGUCCACGGUCGUCGCCAGCCUGGUCACUGUGGCAGCUGUGACAGAGGCACGAAGCUGGCAGCAUGUAGGGAGAAAGCCACCGGUUUCUUCCCCCAAUGCAGGCGACUACCUCACACACUUCCUUGAGACGAGGGAAACGGCAGACUCCAAAUUUGCCAACGCCAAUACCACUGACUUUGCUGUGAAUGGAACUGGCAUCCCGGACGUGGACUUUGAUAUCGGAGAGUCGUACUCCGGACUCCUCUCCAUCACCGAUGACCCAGAUGGCGACCAGAAGCUGUUCUUUUGGUUCUUCCCGUCGCCCAACGAUGCGGCCGACAAGGAGAUCUUGCUUUGGCUUAACGGCGGUCCGGGGUGCUCUUCCUUUGAGGGACUUAUCCAAGAAAACGGCCCAUUCAUCUGGCAGUACGGCACAUACAAGCCAGUUCCCAACCCCUGGAGCUGGCAUCGCCUAACGAACAUCGUGUAUGUAGAGCAGCCGGUAGGCACCGGUUUCUCCCAGGGAACAGUCACUGCCACCAGCGAAGAAGACGUCGCCGAGCAGUUCAUGGGCUUCUGGAAGAACUUUGUCGAUACCUUCUCAAUGCAAGGCUACAAGGUCUACAUCGCAGGCGAGUCCUACGCCGGCAAGUACUGCCCGUACAUUGCCUCGGCCAUGCUGGACGCCGAUGAUGCGACGUACUACAACGUCAGCGGCAUGAUGAUCUACGAUCCUGUCCUCAUGGACGACACGCUGCAGACAUCGUACAGCGUCGUCCCCUUCGUGGACUACAACAAGAAUCUCAUGCCGUUCAACGACUCCUUCAGCGCUUACCUCCAAGAGAAGCACGAAUCCUGUGGCUUCGCCGAGUACAGCGCGACUUACCUCCAGUACCCACCCCCUGGUCCGCAGCCUGGCGUCAACGUCAGCGACGAGUGUGCCAACCUUUGGUACUCGGUCUAUAGCGAGGUCUUUUCCCUCAACCCUUGCUUCGACGUAUACCAAGUCGCAACAACUUGCCCCUUGCUGUGGGACGUCCUCGGGUUCCCCGGGUCGUUGUACUACAUCCCCGAAGGCGCCAAUGUCUAUUUUGAUCGCGAGGACGUUAAGCAGGCCAUCCACGCCCCUAACAUAACAUGGGAGGAGUGCGCAUCCAACGACGUAUUCAUCAAUAACCACGACAAAUCCGACCCGAGCGGCUAUAAGGUCCUGCCGCACGUCAUCGAAGCCACGCAGAACGUCAUCAUCGGCCACGGCAUCCUCGACAUGAUCCUCCUGGCCAACGGCUCCCUCCUCUCCAUCCAAAAUAUGACGUGGGGCGGCAAGCUCGGCUUCGAAUCCGUCCCCAUCGAGCCAUUUUACGUGCCCUACCACGAGCUGUCGACCGGCGAUGCUAUUGGCGAGUCGGACGACAUGCUGGCGUUGUCUACCCUGGCCGGCGCGGGCGUAAUGGGUAUCGCUCAUACCGAGCGCGGAUUGACGUAUGUCACCGUUAACAUCGCUGGGCACAUGAUCCCGCAAUACGCCCCCUCCGCCGCGUUCAGACAGCUGGAAUUCUUGCUGGGACGGGUGGAAGGGCUGAGCUCCACGCAGGCUUUCACCACCGAUAAGGACACCCCACAACCAUCGGCCGAUUCGUUGGGCAAUGGAACCGGGCCGUGGACAUGGUCUUCUACGGGGCAUUAA